AAAAAGCAGGGGAGAGAAAGGGAAAGAGAAAUAUAUGCUCAGACAAUCAGAGUUCUUGGAGACUCCUCUCACUUGACUCUUUCCUCUUCAGGAAGCUAAAUAAAGAUAAGAAAGCAAAAGCUUCUGCAAGCACCAAGGACUAGAGCUGAUGGCCUCCGGUUGCCACUAAAAUCCUUUCAGCUGGAGGAGGAGAUCACAGGAUGAAUGCCAGAGUCACUUCAGUACUGCUCCCUGAUGUCCUUCCCUGCACUCUGUAAUGGUGAAUCCUUCUGCUGGCCAAGAAAAGAAUGAGUCACCCCGGAAUGGAAGAAUGAUGAAUCACCACACGGCCCUCUUCAUGAAUUCCAACAGGAACGUGGAUUUGAAGAUAAUUAUCAUAGGAGCACUGGGGGUGGGGAAAACCUCCCUCCUGCACCAGUUUGUGCACAAGACAUUCCAUGAAGAUUAUCGGACUACUCUGGGAGCCAGUAUCCUAUCUAAGCGCAUCAUGGUGGACAACACCCCCCUAAAACUGCAGAUCUGGGACACCGGGGGUCAGGAGCGGUUCCGGUCCAUGGUGUCGACAUUCUAUAAGGGCUCGGACGGCUGUAUGCUGGCCUUCGACGUCACGGACCUGGAGUCCUUCGAGUCCUUGGAUGAUUGGAGAGAGGAUUUCCUGGAGAAGAUUAUCCCCGCAGAGCAGGGCUUCCCCAUGGUGGUACUGGGAAAUAAAAUCGACUUGAAUGAACGCCAGGUGUCUAAGGAGACAGCUUCAUUCUGGUGCAAAGAAAAGGACAUCCCGUAUUUCGAAGUCAGUGCCAAGAAUGAUAUCAACGUAGUGCAGGCCUUUGAGACGCUCGCGAGGCAGGCCCUGUUGAGGUACCAAGAGAUGCUGGAGAACUAUUUAACAGACUCCAUCAAGCUCACUCCUGACGAUCAGCCCAAGAAGAAAUGCUGCUGAAUGAGACAUUCGGAGACACCUGACAUUAUGUCUCUGAGCCCUCGUUCGGCACCGAAAUCGCUGAACCGACUCCAUUCACUUCCAGUUUUGUGUUCAACCACAGGAGAUGACCACAGCGAUCCGGUUCCACUUUACACAGCCAAGCGGACAAAUCUCGUGACAUUUACCAAGUGCAGAGAAGGGACUAGCCUUUUCUCUACGUGCCUAGAUUGGACUACCCAGCCAGACCGCACCUGGCUGCUCCUAUGCAUCAGGACCCUUAUUGCUUCAUUAACCUUCUAACCACCCAUUUCAAAGCCUUGCACCAGCUUUCUAAACUUGGCUCUGUGUAGUCAGUGCUGAGUCUAGGUGGCCCAGCUGCCUUCCCAGUGCUGUGGCUGGCUCAGUGACCUCACUCACCUGCUAUCUCUCUGCUCUAGUUACACCUGUUGACACUCACAGGUCACAGAGGAUUAGUGGCUCACCCUUUGGCACUUGACCAAGCAUUCCCAACACACGCCUGAAUUGACAGUGCUAGGCAAGGCAGGGCUGUGCUGUCAGUGCCCUGCAGACUGGGCCUCCCUAGAGAAUGUAAUCUCAGUCCCUGCUGUUUGAACGCAAAACAGAGACUUUUGUUCACCAGAUACCCAGUGUUUAAACUAACAGCCCCUCAACCUGCACUUGAUAUUAAACAGGUGUAAGCUAUUUAUCCCCAAAGGAGGGAAGGGUGGAGUGUCUAGUGGUAAAAGCACAGGCCUGAGAGCCAGGAGCUUCUACAUUCUAAUCCCAGCAUUGACACACAUUGCCCUAGGCAUAACCUUUCUGUGCCUUAGUUUCUCCCCACCUGUAAAAUGGUGUGGGGGCGUGAUAACACUCUCUCACCCAGAGAUGAGGUUGUUGGUAAAGCACUUUGACAAUGAGCUGUGCUGUGGUGUUUUAUUGGCAGGGUGUUUUUUAAAGGAAUACUUUUUAAGGGAGGCAGUGGUGCCUACUGGCUAGAGCACUAGACUGGGUCACAGGAGACCUGGGUCCUAUUUCCAGCUCAUCUGCUAGUCUGCUGGGUGACCUUUAGUAAGUCACUUCACCUCCCCGUGCCUCAAUAGCCCCAUCUGUAAAAUGGAGAUAAUGAUGAAAAGUGCUAGAUAAGAGCUAGGCAGAAUUACUAUUUUAUUAAUCAUUGAAAAAGGAGAGGCAUGGAUCAGAUUUUGACGCAAGCAAGGGGAUUGAGCAGAACUUGAAAAGGGAAAGUGAAGGAAAGCGAGCAUAUGGGAUCUGUGCAGAUCUGUGACUGUCCUGAAGGGUCUCCCCUGCUCAAGUGUCUGGAUUUCUAUCUCAAUCUGGGAAUGAUGCCCAAUUUUCUGCUUUUAUUGCCCUGUAGGGUUCAGAUUCAUCUUUGGGUGUUAAAAACUCAAGGGCUGGACUAAGCUGUGCCCGUAAUGUGAAACUGACACAUGAAUUUAGGAUUUUCAGUGAUCCCAGGACAGGAGCAGUGGGAGGGAAAGCAGCACAUUCCUACCUCUCGGAGGUGCUUCAUGUCACUUUUAGUUGGUGGCUGUGAGCAGCAGAAGCAGCUGCCAUAUGGAACUUGGCCAACACUUGCGGAAUUGGUGAAAUCUGGGUUAACACAGCAGUGAAGAUCACCGGAAGCCAAGCCGCAGGCUGGGGCCAGAGGGCACAGCGGUGUAUCAGUGCUGUUUCCAUGCAGUUUGGCUUUGACUGUGGAAAGCUGAUCCAGCCAUGAAGCCCAGAGGAGUGGUGGACCCCUUCCUGUACACCCUGCCAUGGGCUGUGAUCUGUUCACAUAUAACCUGAUAUGGGCUGAGCCAUGGGCCAGGAUCCCUUCGCGUACGCUCUGACAUGGGCCACGAUCCCUUUGCAAACACCCUGACAUGGGUCGCACUGCUGAAGGUCUUUGGCCCAGUGUUCUCAAAGCUACCUUAGAGAAAUGUUUUUGGGUUCAGAGAUGACGACAACACCCAUGUUAAUUUAAAAUCAUUCCCAGCAAAAGUAAAAAGUUUACUCUGAAAUGCUGGGCAUGUGCAUCUUCUUUGUGUGUGGCUCUAAAUGAGAGGAUGUCCUGGGUCGGGGAUUCCCUGGGAGAAGCAAAUUUCACGGCGGUCCUGUGCAGGGGAAUAAGGCAAGCUGGACUGGCACUUUCUUUGAGCAUUUAGUCCAGCUCUGAAGUGUCAGUGUUGAUGGAGAAGUAGAUCCUACUGGAGGGGUGAGGUAUUCCCUUCUUCCACCACCAGGAGCUGCAAGGAUCCAUUUCUGAAGCCCCUCAAACUUUGCUGCAGAACUUCUUUUGGUUUCACAUUUCAAACGUGUCUAGCUCCUGCCUCUCUCUCUGAGCCAGGAGUCACAUAAGCCAUAGGACUGGAAGAACCUCCUGGGUCCUAGAGUCCAGUCUCAGGCUUUCUCAGGCCACCGUGACACACAAUCCUAUUGUUAUUAUUAUUUCUAUUCCAGUAGCCCCUAGAGACCAGAUCCCAGAAGGUGCUAUGCCAGGCGCUGUACAAACAUCUAACAGAGUCCAUGCACUGGAAAGCUUAUGAUCUAAAUAGGUUCUGAGCCUCUCCUGCAGAUCACAAUGACAUUCCUCAGAAAUUCCAGGAUUUUUCUCCAGGACCAUCACUAUUUCCCUAGCAGAAAUUUCUUUGAUCAAACAUCAGUUUUGUAAAGCACAGACAGCAACAAAUGGGGAUGGAAGGAGUGUGGAAUGGAUGUAAGGGUCUAACUGAUUGCCAUAUUUGGGGCUGGGAAGGAAUUUUCCCUCAGAUCAGAUUGUCAGCCAGAGAUCCAGGGUCCUCCCCUUCCUCCCCAACACCCUAGUCAUCUGUAGCCUGGGGUAUGGGUCACUUGCUAGUUUGAACUAGAGUAAAUGGUGGAAUCUCUACAGCUUGAAGUCUUAAAACGUAUGAAAGAUCUGUAUAUGGGCCUGUCAUUCUGCCUUUGGGCACAAGAGGUCGUCAGUACAAUGUGAAGAAAGCUUCUAUUGUACAGCCUCCAUACCAGCUUCCUAGAAUCACAGAAAUGUAGGACUGGAAGGGACCUCUAUAGGUCAUGCACUGAGGCAGGGUUCAGUAUUCCCUAAUCCAGGGAUCGGCAGCCUUUCAGAAGGGGUGUGCCGAGUCUUCAUGUAUUCACUCUGAUUUAAGGUUUCGUG